AUGGAACCCGAAGCUUCUAGAGAGGACUGUUCAGAUUCAGCUAUUGAUCGACUGAAGAAAAAGAGAGCCGUGGUACGUAGAGCUGCGACGAAAGUAAUGAACGAACUUGAUGUGAUGUUGACCACGGAGACAACGCCAGUCGGUGCGUUUGAGGAAAAGGUGGAAGUCUUGAAGUUCAAAGAGAAAGAACUACAGAAGUUGGACUUGGAAAUCGAAAGCCUAAUCAGCAUCGAUGACCUGGACGACGAGGUGGAAGGUUCAGCAACGUAUCAGGAGCGGAUUGUCGUAACAAGGACUAGAGUGGACCGCAGGACAGCGACCACAGGAGCGAUGAGACAGAUUACCGUAGUGCCAUCUUCAGUGGCACCGUCGGCUCCCAUUGGAAGGACUCCUGCCACAGUGAAGCUUCCAAAGCUGGAGAUUCCGAAGUUCAACGGCGAUAUUCGAUCUUGGCAGUCCUUCUGGAAUCAGUUCGUUUCGACGAUAGACCAGAAUACUGGACUCUCGAGCAUUGACAAGUUCAAGUACCUCAAGAGUUACAUUACGGGCAAAGCGGCAUCGGCUAUCGAGGGGCUCCAGAUGACUGAAGAGAAUUAUCCCAUUGCAACAGACAUCUUGAAGGAAAGAUUUGGAAGCAAUAAUCUUAUUAUUGACGACCAUAUGUCUCGUCUCCUGCACAUAAAACGUGUUCAUGACGUAACCAACGUACAGAAGUUACGAGCAAUGUUCGAUGAGCUUCAAACCGGCGUACGAAGUCUCGAAGCCUUAGGAGUUAGCUCGAAAACCUACGGUGUCCUUCUCCUUAGCGUACUCAGAAGAGCUGUCCCAUCGGAGUUAAACUUGGAAUUCAUCCGCAAGCAUUCUACAACCUCGGAGAACGCCGACGGGGAGCUAGAGCUGUUCAUCGACUUUCUAAAGAAGGAAGUGGAGACUCGUGAAAGAGGACAGCAGCAUAGCCCUCGUCCAGAGCGCCGGAGUGGAAACCGAUAUCCUCCGCCUCCUUCCGCCUCAGUACUUGCAUCAGGCGCUCAACCCGGCCGUCUUGAUGAACACAAAGGCAUCUUCUGUUCCAAUGAAGACCACGCAUCUGCGGAUUGCAAUUCAUCAAUGCCCGUCUCCGAGCGCAAGGGUUUAUUGAAGAAGGAAAAUAGAUGUUUCCGUUGCACCAUGCGUAACCACACGUCACGAUUCUGCAGAAGCAUGAGAUGGAUGAAAUGUUCAAAGUGCAGCGGGAGGCAUGCGUCAUCCAUGUGCGAAGCAAGACAGAAAGAAGAUAGAGACCAGUCAUCAGCAGAAGCAACGUUACAGUCUUCACUGAAAGUAAAGGACCACGCGCGGUGCGCUCCACAACGAAUUAUUCUACAGACAGCACAGGCGUGGGCAGAAGGUGAACGGACCCGUCUUCUUGUUCGGAUGAUGCUAGACGGCGGAAGCCAGCGAACGUUCAUACGUCGUGACAUUUCUGAGAAGCUACGUUUGAGGGUACUCGAUGAGGAAGAUUUGAGCAUCUUCACCUUCGGGGACGUAACAUCCAAGGGUCAUAGCAAAUGUAAGAGAGUAGAGCUGUGGCUAAGGAGCCAAUAUGACCGAAGGCAGAUACGUGUGGAAGCACUGGAAGUACCACAUAUUUGCUCCGAUUUGAUGCAAGCUCCACCAGACAUAAUCAACAGGCAUCUGAGGAACAAGGACAUGCAGAUUGCAGACACAACGCCAUUGGGGUCUCGAUGCGAGAAUGGAAUAGGAUUCCUUAUUGGGUGUGACUAUUAUUGGGAGGUGGUUACCGGAAACGUACGACGACUCGACGACAAGCUUGUUGCAAUGGAGACAAUUUUCGGGUGGACAUUGCAAGAGCCUGCUGUGUCGUCAACAACCUCAACGGCAAUUUGUUCAUCAAUCGUUGGCAUCAUGAGGGUGGUCGUUACCGAAAACAACGAGGAGCUAUCCCAAAGGAUGAGGUCAUUCUGGGAGCUCGAACACAUCGGUAUCACCGACUCAAAGACAGAGCUGUGCGACAAAGGCGAAGUAAUGCAACGAUUAGGAGAAUCCGUAAAAUACGAGAAUGGGAGGUAUGAGGUCAGCCUUCCGUGGAAGCAAAACGCUGACAAACUUGCAGACAACAAGGAUAUGGCACUCAGUAGACUGCGCAGCCUCACAGCCCGUCUUAUGAAAAACCAGAGUCUACUCCAGGAAUAUGACACAGGCAUUCGGGAGUAUUUGAAGAAAGGAUUUGCCGAAGUUGUAACAGAGAGCGAAACCGUAACUGCACCGGUUUUCUACAUGCCUCACCAAGCAGUGAUACGGAACGACAGGAUAACGACAAAGCUUAGAAUAGUCUUUGACGCUUCAUCCCGAUCUGAGGACCAGCUUUCGCUCAAUGACACACUAUCAGCCGGCCCAAAUUUGAAUCCGGAUCUCACGACGCUGCUUUUGCGCUUUCGAUUGUAUAACAUUGCAAUUCUAGCUGACAUAGAGAAGGCGUUCUUGCAGGUGUCCCUUUCAACAAAGGACAGAAACGCACUUCGUUUCAUCUGGUACGAGAGUCUUCCCCAACCUGGCAAAGAACUGCCAAAGCUGGUCACCUGGAGGAUGACGAGGGUGCCCUUUGGAGCCACUUCCAGCCCCUUUCUAUUGGCGGCAACGAUCCGGUACCACCUGAAGAGGAUGAUGGAUCAGUAUCCUGUCACUGCCAGAAUACUUAGCGAGAACUUUUAUGUGGACGACCUGGUGACGGGCGCAGAUGAUGUCGAAGAAGCAAAACGUACAUGCAGAGAGGCAUCGGAAAUCACGACUACUGCGGGAAUGCGACUUCGGAAGUGGACGUCGAAUGUAAAGGAUGUCCAAGAGUUCAUGACGGAGGAGGCUGAAGGAGAGAUACAUGCACAAACGUCAAGCACGCCACAGCAAAAAGUGCUCGGUGAGGCAUGGAAGCCAGGGAAGGACGAGUUCCUAUUUGACAUGCAGUCGCUCCUCGAUUUCCUACACAGUCGAAGAGACAACAAGCGAUUCGCCUUGCAGGCGGUGGCACGCAUAUUUGACCCUUUCGGGUUUCUGACGCCGAUGACGACAACUGUAAAAAUACUCUUUCAAGAAUUGUGGCGACUUGGGAUCGAGUGGGACGAGCGGAUCCCGGAGGACCUUUAUAAAGGGUGGGACAAAUGGUGCAAUCAGCUUCCGGACAUUCGUCACGUGUCUGUUCCCAGAAAGUUUGCAGAGGAUGUGAGGCUUGCCUGCGUCAAGAAAUCCUUACACACAUUUUGCGACGCAAGCCCGAAGGCAUACGGCGCAGUUAUUUAUUUGAUUUGCAGCAAGCCUGGCGAGGAGCCACGUUGUUCGUUGGUGAUCUCUAAAGCGAGGGUAGCACCGCUCAAGAAACUUUCGUUGCCGAGGUUAGAAUUGAUGGCAACGCUAAUCGGAGCACGGCUAGCUCAUUUCGUAAAGGAGGCGACGGACCUUCAAGGAAUCGAGAGCUACUACUGGACGGACUCGACAGUUGCACUGCAGUGGAUUAAGAGCAGUGCGGAUAAAUGGAAGCAGUUCGUGUCAAAUCGGGUGAUUGAGGUGCAACAAUUGUCUAGCCCCGAGAACUGGCGCCAUUGCCCAGGAAGAGAAAACCCGGCGGACCUGUUGACGCGAGGUAUGCUCCCAUCAACGCUAGCGGGUAAUCGUACCUGGUGGAACGGACCUCAGUGGUUGUGCAGCCCUAAGCACAGCUGGCCGACGACAAACUCGACACCAGUAGUGAGAGAAGUAGAGGCAGAAGAAAAGAAAGCUUCAGCAGCGCUUCAUAUCACCGCUGGAUCGGAGUUGGUGCCAGUCCUCGACAUUAACCGUUACAGUUCCUUCCUCCGGAUGGUUCGUGUGACUGCUUGGGUCAAGCGCUUUAAAAAUAACGCCAAAAGAGCAUCACAGAGCCAAACUGGACCCCUGACCGCGAAGGAAAUCGACGAUGCUGAGAAGCACUGGAUAAAAGCUGUUCAACGAGAAGUUUUUGGAGAAGAAAUCAACAAGCUGAGGGCAUCCCAGCCGUUGGACGGAAAAUCUGCCAUUCGCGAUUUCAGUCCGUAUCUAGAUGACUACAACGUACUUCGGGUAGGAGGACGUCUACAAUUUAGCGAGUCUAGAGAGUCAACCAAGCAUCCCUUGUUUCUACCGGCCGACCAUCAUUUCACUUCUUUGUUAAUCGAGAAGGAACAUCUCCGGUUGCUUCACGGCGGGAUUUGCGACACGCUAGGGCAGUUACGGGAACGAUUUUGGAUAAUCAGAGGACGUCAAGCGGUAAAGAAGAUUAUCAAGAGAUGUUUAGCCUGUCGAAAGCAAGCGUGCAAGCCAGCAUCUGCACCAGUAGCGCCUUUACCGGCUGACAGGGUUACCAAAUGCAAGCCAUUCGACGUGACUGGCGUUGACUUCGCCGGACCGCUUUUGUACCGAGAAAGACGACGUGACCAAAAGUGCUAUAUAGCGUUGUUCACAUGUGCCGUAACACGCGCGGUACAUCUUGAGCUUGUCACCAGCAUGUCGACGGAUGCUUUCCUGUGGGCAUUGAGACGCUUCGUUUCUAGAAGAGGAACUCCGACGACGCUUUAUUCCGAUAAUGCGACGACCUUUAAGCGAGCCGCGAAGGACCUAAGGCUCAUGGUCAAAAUGGUGAAAAGCGAAACCGUUCAAGACUACUUCGCUAACCACAAGAUACAAUGGAAAUACAUUGCUGAGAGAGCCGCCUGGUGGGGCGGCUGGUAA